CGGAACAUCACUGGUUGGAUGCAUGGCGCUUCCAUCUGCUGGACAUGAGCACUUGGAUUGCUUGGGGAGUCUACACAUGUUGGAUGUUGCUAUUAGGAGCUCAAGACCAAGCCCUGAAAAGGCUACUACAGUGCGUGGGGCAAGGGAGAAUGGGGACUAGGACUGUAUUUGGUAGUUUUUGGCGCUUCUACCCAAGCCCACAGGCGGAAUACUCCAGCUUCUUACAAGUAGAUCGAUUUACGGUUAUUGCCUUGACUUGCCUCAGAACGGACGCCAAUCACGCCAAAUGAGGCUGCCACGUGCCCUGAGACUUUCGACUCUCGGGUCAUAAAUAUCAAUCUAAAGAUACGGGAUACUGCAAGGGGGAGUGUUGCUCGAGGUGCAUACGGAAUAUUUACCUCGUAAACGGCUACUCUGUACGCUCUGUAC